AUGACUUUGGAAAAUCAUGAAAGGGCGAAGGAGUACUUCGAAGCAGCGGAAGCUAAGCUCCAAGAAGAUUUGGAGGGAGAUCUGUGCGAUUCGAAACUUUCUUCCUAUGUCAUCACUAUGAGAUACAACCUCGCUAGAUGUUUGGAACACUUGUGCUUGUUCGAAGACGCUGAAGUUUUAUACAAAGGCAUUUUGAGAGAAGAAGAAAAUUACACGGAUUGUCUAUACGACAGUAUGUCCGUUGAUCAGAACAAUGCCGAUUCAUGGGUGCUUAUCGGAAAUCUGCACAUGUCUAAACAUGAAUGGGGACCUGGUCAAAAGAAAUUUGAACAAGUGUUGAAUAAGAUGGAUAAGGAAGAUGCUUACUCAUGGGUCUCACUUGGCAACGUCUGGAUGGAGAUGCUCUUUAAUGGGCAGAAAAAAGACUGA